AUGUUAAUUUUUAAUAAUUUAGUGCCUGUAAACUAUUUUAUAUGCAACAAUUGCGGUCGAAGUUAUAAAUAUAAACGUAAUUUAUUUGCUCACAAGAAGUAUGAAUGUGGAGUUCAACCAAAAUUUAGUUGUGAUAUUUGUUUUAGAAAAUUUGCCCACAGAUCACAUCUACGGAAUCAUUUGAUUACUAUUCAUAAAAAGAACAACAAUUACUUCGCAUUCCCUUGUCCUCGGUGCAACAGAAUGUACAAACAUAGGGCUAGCUUGAAUAGCCAUUUAAAGCUCGAAUGUGGUGUAGAACCACAAUUCCGGUGCAUCGCAUGUGUGUGCUGGAAGUUAAAUAAACAAGACUUUGUGAUUGUCGACGAACGGUUUCAAUGUCCUAAUCAGUGUGGUAGAAGUUAUAAAGCGUUACAUGGUGUCAGACAACAUUUACGUUAUGAAUGUGGUGUAAGGCCUAAAUUUUCAUGCGCAGUGUGUACUAGAAUUUGGCGUUGUGUCAAUGGACAUUGCAGUCGCAGUUACAAGAACAAAUUUCAUUUAACCUACCACUUGAAGUAUGAAUGUGGAAAACAACCCUUAUACAAAUGCGACUUUUGUCUAAGGAUGUUUUCAAGAAAUUCAAAUAUGAAGAAACACAUGUUUACAGUACAUAAAUACAUUAAUGAACAUAAACUCGUUAAUUCAUUUUGCAAACCAGCUGAGUACUGCAAAAGCCCUAUUUUAAAAGGAUUAUGUCCCUUUUGCCCAGCGAAACUGACGGAAAUCAAUUGUUUAGAUGAGCAUGUUCUAGAUUUCCACAAACCUUUAUUGUUCGCCUUUGAACCUGCAAACCAGCUGUUGCUUUAUCCGUGUCCGAACAACUGCGGAAAGAAGUAUAAAUUCAAAAGCAGUCUCAGUGGCCACCUUAAAUAUGAAUGUGGUAAAUCGCCAAUGUACAAAUGUCCGUAUUGUAAAAAAAGAUGCACAUUGAAAGUAUCCAGAUUCAUAUGCACAAAUGGAUGCGGCCGAUCGUACAAGUAUAAGCAAGGAUUGGGACGGCAUCAGAAAUAUGAGUGUGGUGUAGAUCCAAAGUUCGAGUGUCCAAUGUGUGAAAAAAGGUUCAAGCAGGCUUGCAAUGUUAAGUCCCAUUUUGUGAAAUUUCACAAAAUUAUUGUCAUUGAUUGACCAAAUAGUUUCCGUGCAUGCGAGUUAGAUGUUUCACACCUUUUGUCAUUUGUGACAUAAAUAUGUCAUUGUUAUAGCAAUAUUGUAAUUUUUUUUUUUAUUAAAAUUUACUAUCUCUACUAAAUAUACCAUGCGUACAAUAAAUAAAUUUUAUGAGGAAAGAAAUCGGGAGGUAUAAGUGGGAAAUUCACCCAAUGGUGAUACCCCAGGGCCUAGAAUAUUAUCAUAUGAUAUGUAUGUUUUAUAAAUAAGUAAUCUUUUUACUUAGUUUAAAAAUCA